UCCGUAGGCUAACCCGGGUGAAGCUGCUGCGGGCUCCGGCAGAUGCCUGGAGGCGCUCAUUCUCUGCUGAGUCUUGACUUCCUUCCCCGUUUCAGACCUCGCUGCUGUCCCGGGGACGCCACCGGAUCUUCUCCUGGUCCUCUCUCUGAUUUUCUUUUCCCUUCCUCCUCCGCAGGCGUCUCCCCACUCCGCUUUUCUCUCACCUACUCCCGACCCCCGUGUCUGGCCAUCCUAAGCAUCCCACCUGCUGUCCUCUUGACUUCUGCCCCUCCUUGACCUCGAAUCCCUUAAUUAGCAAGUCCCUGUCAUAGCCUUCUCGCCAGACUCUCCUAAACUCAUAUUUCUUUCUACCAUCUCCUGACUCCCAAAUUCCAGCUAACCCUUGACCUCUUGAUAUCUGACCCUGACACUCUAUAGAUUCCAGACCUCUAAAUUUCUACCUGCUGCAGCCUGAACCGCUGGAACUGAGGCUCUCCCCAGGAUAUUCUGUCCUCAUUUCUGACGUUAAUUUUAACUUUCUUACCCCUGGGCCAAUUCCUGCUACUGCUGUCCCACCAUGGACUUCUUGAUGAGUGGCCUGGCAGCCUGCGGGGCCUGUUUGUUCACCAAUCCCCUGGAGGUGGUGAAGACCAGGAUGCAGCUGCAGGGAGAACUGCGGGCCCCCGGCACCUACCAACGGCACUACCGAAACGUCUUCCAUGCCUUCAUCACCAUCGGCAAGGUGGACGGCCUGGCGGCUCUGCAGAAGGGCCUGGCCCCUGCCCUCUUAUACCAGUUUCUGAUGAACGGCAUCCGGCUGGGCACCUACGGGCUGGUGGAAGCUGGGGGUUACCUGCAUACAGCUGAAGGCACGCUCAGCCCUGUUCGCAGCGCCGCAGCUGGGGCCUUGGCUGGGGUCAUGGGAGCCUACUUGGGGAGCCCCAUUUACAUGGUGAAGACACACCUCCAAGCACAGGCAGCCACAGAAAUCGCUGUGGGGCACCAGUAUAAUCAUCAGGGCAUGUUUCAGGCACUAACCAAGAUUGGCCAGAAACAUGGUCUGGUGGGGUUGUGGCGUGGGGCCCUGGGCGGCCUGCCCCGAGUUAUCGUCGGUUCCUCCACCCAGCUGUGCACCUUCUCCUCCACCAAGGACCUCAUGACCCAGUGGGAGAUAUUUCCACCCCAGAGCUGGAAGGUGGCUCUGGCGGCCGCCAUGGUGAGUGGCAUCGCGGUGGUCCUGGCCAUGACACCCUUUGAUGUGGUCAGCACCAGGCUGUACAACCAGCCCACAGAUGCUCAGGGCAAGGGCCUCAUGUACCGGGGGUUACUGGAUGCUCUGCUGCAGACGGCUCGGACAGAGGGCAUUUUUGGCAUGUACAAGGGAAUAGGUGCCUCCUACUUCCGCCUAGGCCCCCACACCAUCCUUUCCCUCUUCUUCUGGGACCAGCUGCGCAUGGUCUACUACACGUACACCAAAUAACGACAGCCGCUUUUCCCCACUCCAGCAAAUCAGCACUCCUUGGACUCUUCCGACUCCAUUUUUUAUUAUCGGGGGACUUCUGACCAGAUGGCCUUUCAUCAUCCGAGGGGGACCACCACCACCACUCCCCAUUUGAUUUCUCAGGAUUGAAUCACUACAAGG